AUGACAACACACUCUGACCAGGCCAUCUCGGAUGAGGCUCCCUUGGACUCGAUGACUGUUUCUGACGGGUAUCUCUGCGUCUCAUUUGCCGGGCUGGACUCGCAAGCAUCAAAGCACACUUCCAACCCUACCAAACAUCCCUCAACACCUUCUGAGCUACUUUUCAAACCACCCACGGCAACAACCACCAAGAUGAAGAACCUCUCCAUCCUCACCUCCCUCCUCCUCGCCUCCGCCUCCCUCGUCUUCUCCUCCAGCAUUCCCCCCAAGUGCGGAACCUGCAACCCGCUCUCCGGCCAGAACCACUGCGACCUUACCACCUCCUGCAUCAACACAGGCACUCGCUUCCAUUGCGCCUGCCGCGCCGGCUACAAGGCCUCGAAGGAUAACCACGACGUCAGCAAACAGUUCCGUCUGAAUGUCCCCAACUACCAGUUCCUGGUCUUCACCCCCGAAAGCACCGAGUGCAACACCCUCUGUGACAACCCCUACGGCGCAAGCCCGGACCUGUGCGCUGAGGUUCCUAUCCAAGACAAGUGUGCUAUCUGA